AUGGUUGCCCUGUUGGACCACUACGACUUCAUACAUGGAGAAGCUACAUUCAAUCAGCACUCUCACAUUGUUUUGCUGGAGCUUGUGAUUGAUAGACUCCUGCUUCUUCUCCAAAGUUUCAAUGUUUUUGUGGAGCAGCUGUCAAAGUCAUGUAAGAGAAAUCAAACAAAGGAGAAAGGAUUUUUGUCACUUGGGCUUGUGGUUAGAAAUUACUGGAGUAAUUUGCUUACAUAUAAGGUGUCGUAUAAAAAACAAACACCGCUGUCCCUCUCGGUGCAGGACACUGUAGAGUUAGGUCAAAUGACUGCAACUGACAUUGCUCAAUGGGGAGCAGAGGAAAACAGGGACUUGAGGCGCCUGGCAAAACACUUACAAGAAGUGCGCGGGAUAGUGGAGCCCCUCAAAGCCAAGCUAGUGACUGUUGAAACAGAAAAAAAUAUGUUAAAGUCUGAUAUGAAAAGACUACGCAGUGAACUAAAGGAAAAGGUUGGGAACUACCAGGCCACCACUGUCCAACUUGAGUUUUCAUUGCAAAAAGCACAGAGAUCUGUUGCGGAAACACAGAAGAGGGGACAAGAAGAGCAACAAAAACACCAAAGAGAAAUCCUGUCCUUGGAUGACAGAAAUUCAAGUUUAGCAAAGAAAGUGGCUGAGCAACUGGAAAUAAUUAAAACCUUGGAAGCAGAAAACAUUUCAUUCCAGGAGAAGAUCAGACUCUUGCUAAAAGAAAACGAAAGCUGCAAACUCCAACUACAAAACAAGACACAAAAGUUACAGGCUGAUAUCUCAGAACUCCAGCUGUGUUUGCACAAAGAAGAAGCCAAAUACAACAGUGCAUGUCGCCAGCAAGAGGCGACUCAGGGCAAACAGAAAUCUCUUGUGGAUCAAGUGAAUUCGUUGGAUGAAGAGUGUGAAGAGUUGCAGAGGCAGCUGGGAGAAAGUGAAGAGAAACAGAUAGAGCUUCACAAUCAAAUACAGCAACUGUCAGAGGAGAGAGAGCAGCUACAAGUCCAACUCAACCAACAACAAGAGUCUUGUGUGAAACUGGAAAUGGACAAAGAGACACUCCGUUCAAAGAUGAGCAGUCUGGCAAACACUGUAGCUGAGCUGGAACAACAAAUAACAGCUUGCACGGAGAGGGAACGACUUUUGGUGGCUUUCCCAGACCUGUACCCACUGCCUCAGGCCCAAGCACAAAGCACAGGCAACGUGACUACGGACAUGGAGCAACAAAUCAAGGCAAACUGCCUCCGCAUUCACAUUCUGGAGCAGGAGAACACCACUCUGCAAAGGAGCCUUCUGAAGGUGAAGGAGAGAACACAAACCAAUGAACCUCAAAACAUAUGGAACGACUGGAGAGGAGCUGAAGAAUGUCCGACGAGUGCCAUACAAGAAAGACUAGUACCAAGAGGCAGUGACGAGGCGCUUCAGCGAUACAGAACCAACAGGAAGGAAGCCGGAGGAGAAAGGGAUCUGAAAUCAGUUGCAACAGAGGAUCGAAUGUCUGCCUCCUCUCUCUCCUCCGUGCAACUCCACUUUCAGACGCUACAACUCCGCUCAUCCUCGGCUAAAACUUCAGAGAAGAGCACCUUGCCAUUUCACUCCAGACCUUUAAAACAAAGACGAAAGUGA